AUGGAACAAUGGCGUGAACGCGGAUAUGUUCCUGACUCUGAUGAGGGAGACGAAUUCGAUAGUCAGGAAUUGCUUGGUGGUGGAGGAGAGGUGACUGUUACCAACGACGAGACGGAAGUUGGAGAACACAACAGUGAGAUUCAACAUGAUGGAAGUGAAGAUGAAGAGGAGGCCGUGGCUGAAGAGGAGACCAGAGAAGAAGGUGAACAUACGUUAAAUCAGAGCUCUCAGCAUACGCAAUUUGAGACAGAAGGUCUUGAUACAGAUCCGCUACAGGAUGAUUACCAGACAAUCUUGCAGGCUUUCUUGAGCCCGAGUAAGGGAAGCAGGCAGAAGCCUGAUGGCCAUGACUGUCUAGAGACUGCCGUCUCGCAGGUAGAACCGCCGUCUUCUCCGGAUGCACUGCAAUUCGAGGAAUUCCGUUCUCAGCCCCUGCAAACACCUCUCGCCAAGGCGACUGAGCUCCAAGACGUGGACAAAAAAUUUGACAACAGUCUAAACUCGUCUCCAUUGUCAUCUGUACCACCGCUCCUGGACUCUCCACCUUCCCGAGAAAAGUCACUAGCACCACCGCAAAGGGAUGACGGGAGUGAUCCGCAGCCGCGGGGAGAAACUAUACAAUCCAAUGACGGCGAUAUUAACAUGGCCGACCUAGGCCUUUUGGAAUGGCAGAACCAGAAUCACCGGAGGGCCUUAAGACAACGAAAUGCCAUUCAAUUACAUCCUUACAUGCUGGAAAACGCUCAGUAUAGAUCGCUCAUGAGGAACAGAGGUGUGCAGCCGGUUCGGAUGCCUAAUGAUGAACCUCACUCCCGCAAGAAUGUAGGGGAAAAUCAGAGCUUUGAUUCGCAAGACGAGAAUGUUCCACCGUCAAGUAGUCCUGUCUAUUUUCCGCCUUCUUCUCCUGAUAUUUAUGAUCAUUCGGGUUUGAGCCAGUCACUGAGUGACCGUAAUGGAGCCAUAGACCGAGGGAUUGGUCUAAGAGCCCUUCAUGAUACCAAUGCUCGACUCCGUUCUGUAAAAUCUAACCAGACGGGGAGCAAGCGACGUAAGAUUGCUCAUCCAGGGAAUGUUCGCCCAUCAGAAAAUCCUGUCCAAAGCAAAGGGGCGAGGAUCCAGGUCGUUAUCAGUGGUAGUCCAGCUAAGGAGAAAGAUGAGCUUUCCAAACUAUACGACAUUUUCGAUGUACCUCCUUCUCCUCCUUCGUCUGGGGAAGGAUCAUCAACUCUUCCAAGAGACCCGACCACUUUUAGAUUCCCGCCUGGGUUCACACCUCCUAAGCAUAAGACUCUGCUACAGACCCCGCUAUCUGAAAAAGGGUCGCAAGCCCAACCUCCUGAAACUAUCCCCAGUGAUCCAUCUUCUGUGAUUGAACAAGAUGAAGAAGACGUCACAGUCAUCCCAAAUGAGCCCACAGAUGAAUCUGCAUCGGACAACCCAGAAAAGGAUUCCUUUAUAAUUAGACAGAUACAACGACAGAUAAAGGGAGUUCUGCCAGCUUCAUUUGCUAGACUUGACCACGAAAAACAUGAGCAAUAUAAGAGACAAGCUGCAGAGAAGGAGCGUCGAAGGGUAUUGAAUCGAGAACGUAGGACAGGCAAAGGAGUUGCACAGCCUGUAUCACGUAGGGAACGGGCCGAGAACCAGGAAACACCCACCCGGACCAGGAAUUUUGACUUAUUUAGCGACUCCGAGUCUGAUGAUACCAGGCCAGUUAGAUCACAGCAGCAAAAUGAACGGGAAUCACGAGAACAAGAACGACUUGAACGUCAUUUUGGUUUAUUUAACGACGACGAUGAUAUCCCUGAAGACAAUCGCAUUGAUUACAUGGCUCCUCCAGUUUCACGCCGCCCUAGGUCAAAAAAGAAAUCCACUGAGAAACGGAAGUGUCAGUCCUCAGGAAUAAUCAGCGCCGAACCUAGGUCGACCUGGAGUUCCGAGCCGCAAAGGAAACUACAGACGAGAAUCACUGAUACCAUAGGCCAUUGGCGAAAAUCAAAACCUACGGAACCACGACCACCUAAGCUAGGUAUCUUAGAUGCUGAGGAUGUUAGUGGCCAACGUGUUCAUACGCAGCCACAAUUCUUACGAAUUGCUGCUCGACAAGCCCGUUCACGUAGAGAUAAGGGGCGUCGAAGCCCAUCUCAUAAGGUAUUGAAGCUUGCCACAAAGGCUGAUACGCAUGACGCAAAUGCCUCGCUCCGUAACUGGCGGGCAGGAAAAUAUAAACCUGCCCCAAGUACAAGUUCUGCACGGACAAGAGGGAUACCAAAGUCUCAGAGCAGAGCUUGGCCUUCAUCUACCGUCUCAGGGACUGCUGGGGUAGCCAGAGAUCCAACCCGAAGGACGGGACUGAUACCCGAAGCAGAAUCCGAGCCAAUAGUAAUUGAUGAUGACGGCAGCUCAACUGAACAACCAACCCGGACCAACCCAAAUAAAAAACGGCAAAAGUUGAAAAAUAAUUGGGUGAUUCAACAUCCAUAUGGUAUUUCGUCUUUUCAACGACAUGUUCCGAGGCCCGCACAGCUGGAUGUUGAGGACAUUUCUACCGACCUUCCCCAACGGCCAUCUACAUUUCAUGGGACCCUUUCCGCACUUCGUAAGGCAUAUAAAACGUCGGGUCGGCCUUUAACGCUGACAAGAUUCCUCAGCGAAACACAAAAGCCACAGCCACCACAGCCUGCAAUAGACAAUACCGUUAUUUCAGAGAAUGAACCAGAUCAUUCUUCUACGAAGAAAGAAAUCAAGAAGCGACGGAUAACAAAAAGGAAACGGCAACCCAAACAUAUAAACAUCGAAACAUUCGAGUAUCGGCAACCUCCUGACUUUGACAAUGGAAUUGGUGACACUGCUUCUAUUGUGGGCCUAGAAGAUGACGAUACAAUGCUGCCUGGACUACAUCGUCCUGAACGGCCCUACAAACUUGACUUUGAUACCCAUCCAUUAUACAUUGGUACAUACUAUCAUCAGUCAACGUUUAUUGGGAGUGGAAAAUUUUCUCAGUCCCUGCAUAUACUAUCUCGAGAUUUAGACAUUGACAAUGGCCAUUCAACUAUCCGUCAUGGGGAUAAAGUCUACAGUUGGGGCUCGUGGAAUGAGACUGUGUCAUCAGAACUUGGAGAUUCAUUCGUUUUCUUAGCAUCGUCGAACAGCCCUCAACAAACGAUAGAUGGUAUGACCACUGUGCCAACUUCAAUUACGACCCAAGUGUUGGAGCUCUAUCAAUCCAUCAUUUGCUAUAUUUCAGAGCAUUUGAGCUUUAUAGAUCCUGUCGAUCGCUCCAACCUCGUUUCCAGGUGCACUGGCUUUGUCUCCCAGCUAACCGAGACACAUCUGUCUAGCCUAGACCCUGAAGCAAACGUAACAACUCUCAUGGCUGGGAUUGAGAUGUUCAACCUGGUGUUUUUGAACCAAUUGUUACAGAUCUCAAAACAUGAAACUGUGGACUCGUCCAGGGUCGGCCCCAUUGUUGACCUGAUGAGGAUUUCAGCUCAGCGGACAAUGGAUUUUACCCUAACGCAAGCUGGGAUACGGAGUAUCCAACAAUUCCUAGAGGAUAAUAGGAAGCUUGAAAAACGUGAAACUGGCAUUCGAGAUGAUUAUCCGUUCGUUGAUGCAUUUGUGAUUGCUCAGAUAAUACUCCAGCAAACACAUGUAAAGGACAUGGGUGUUGAAGUACGGUUCUUGGACCGGGCUAUGGCAUUAUCUCAUAAUGUUCAGGGCUUGGAGCGGAUUUGGGAGGCACUUUUUAUCUCUCUUCCUUCCAAGAGAUUGAUGAGUUCGUUGACGGCAAACGUCCUUGAAUCAUACCGGUCAAGACCCAAAGAGCAGUGGGCCUCGCUGAAUAAUUAUAUGCGGACACUCCUCCAUCGUUGUUUUAUUCUCAUCAAGAACUGGGGUUGGCAACAUUGCAAACCAAUACUCGAGAUGUUCUUUGAUUUUUUCACCGGAAACUCGCUUCAUGAUCUCGAGAAAGAACCAGUGCAUGGGUCACCCCGGUUUCUUGACCAGCUCGAUUCAGACCCAGUACUCGAAAUAGAAGCGACAGACACCUGCUUUCGCCUGUUCUUGAAGAUUAUCACGGUGGGACUCAGGUAUUUGAGUAGUUUACUUGAGCCAAAGAAGGUUUUGAACCUAGUUUGGCGUCUGCUGCCUAACCAUGGCCGAACAUACCCUAAAGAGAAGCCUUUACGAGUGGAAGACUUGAAUGCCCUUAGAAAUCACCAUGAUCUUCUCUGCGCAUUGUAUUGCUGCGCGCCAAAGGGAUGUCGUCCCCACCUUAACACUAUCCAGCGUCUUGUCCAUCCUCCUACCUCUCAUAAAGAUGCGUGCAGCAUUAACAUUCACUCUUGGUCAAGAUUGGUUAGGUUUACGCUUGCUAAGGACAAAGAUGCAUCGGAUUUGGGCAAAUUUGCAGAAUGGCAUGGUGAUUUCAUUAUAGAGAUAUUGAGACAGCACUCUCAAGCACGGAGUGAAAUAGAAGCAGAGGUCCCUGCUGCCACUUUCUUUCCUCGUCAAUACAUCGAAGGCGCCAUUGUUAAGAAUGAAAGGCAUGCCGAAGCUUUAAUAAGUGAUGCUCUUGUCUGUAUGAAGUCAGCUAUAGAUGCGACCAAAAAUAUGGAUCAAGCAGCAUUGUUAAUGGAGAAGAUGCCCCUUGGAAAGAUAUUUGGGCUUUUCAACCCCAAAGUGAAGCGUCGAGACGCGGUGAUUUGCCAGGUUUUGGACGUCGUCAAUUCCUUUACGAAAUCUGACAACAGCCCAACUGCGUCGGUCAGCCUUGAGGAGCAAGUUGAGCCAUCAGAAACAAAUGAGGACAGUCAGGAUGACUGGCUUGAUUUAUGCCAGGAACAACUGGAAGUUUCCAGCGCCGGCUCGUCCUAUCUGAAUCGUUCGAUUGCACCAGCGCUUUCUCAGUUUGUCUCAACCUGCUUUGGAGUGGAUCAGACACCGGAUGACUCUAUUCUUAUUAAAAUAAUUAACACCUGGUUGGCUGUGGCGCAUACGAGAGUUAAGCAUGGGAUGCGGCAAUGGAGCAGCUACUUCAACCGCUACGACCAAGAUUCCUGGCCAGCGUUGAAGUCAACAGACCAAACGCGCAGGUUUAUGCCGUAUUUCUUGUCUCGGUUGAUAUUAAGUGACCCGGCAUCAUAUGAAGAGUGCAGGUCUCAUAUCUUGACUUAUUGGAGUGCUUCGCUUGUGGAACGAGAGUUAUUUCUGAAAUAUCAACAUGAGUUGACAAACGCCCUUUUAAACGAAGAUUACAACAACCCUCUGUUCCGGAAUCUACCAUUCGCCGUCAACAGGACCACGGGUAAAUAUGAGAUAACGUUGUCGGACUUUUGCCAAAGACGAGUCUCCCUCGUUUCGUGUGUGCUAUCGAAUAUGCGACUACAUAUAUCAGACCUUUCACCCAGCCAGAUCUAUGCUCCUAACGGAUUCGGAGAAAUGUACCAAGAAAUGAUCCGGGCUAUGAUGGCGACCAUGAGGCAGAAUUCCGAGGAAGUAGGAAAGACAGUGGUACCGGGCUCCUAUGUCGACUUCGUCCAUCGAGUUGUUGAGUUUUUACAGGUGCAUGCGGAGGAUAUAUGUCCUGUCGACAAAUAUUUCAUGGAUCCAGCGUCAUUCCCCUUACCGGCAUCCGACCCCAAUUAUGUUGUGGCCAAACUCAAGAGAUAUGCAGGGCGGAUAUCUGGUGGUAGCAAGUUUGCAAAGCAGCUUGUUACUUUCAUCCAAGGUGUUUCUGAACGAGCAGCAAUCGAUGCACAGCAGAGUUACCUUGCUGGCCAAUUCUAUGAAGCCAUGUCGGGUGCCCCUGAUAUCGGGGGCUAUCAGAGGCCAACCCUUCGGUGCUUUCUUCUUCAGUGUGUUAUUCCCGAAUAUGUGGCGGCAUCUCUCAAUCACCCUACGGCAUGGAUUCUAGCCCGUCCUCUUAUCCAAGCUACCACGCGUGUAUUCUCUGAUUUAAUGCUCACCGUCGACUGCACAAAACAAGACGAGGUUGACAUUAAUAUUUCUUCGAUUGCAGAAUACUUCAAAGCAGCCCACACCGCCUUGCAGUGUCUCAUCGAUGAUCCAGGCCUCUUACAAGAUGCAUCUGUGCUACUAACUCUCACGUCCAUCUUCGAGAGUAUUAUUGCAUCUCUCGCAAUAGUAGAUUAUCUUGACCGAUUGGGCCAGGGGGUCACCCACCUCUUAUCCUACAUUGAAUUCUUCGGGCAGACCGCGUUAUUCAGCCUGUCUUCUCUCCUCGACCCCCCUGCAAUCACUCGGCCAUAUCUUCGCAAUGAUAAACCAGACUCAUUGGGCUCCCAAGCUAUCAAGCCCCCAGCAUUCUUCACGGAGUCUCGCAGCUUUGCUGCCCGUGAACUUGAGUCCUGGCUGGAAGACAACUGGGCACUUCAUGAUGGAAAGUAUUUUGUCCGCCGUGGGCAACAAUAUGCAAAGAUUGAUAUCAAUCCUGGCAUCUUAUCUGUGGAGGUUGCAAAAACAGCCUUCAUACAAACUAUCCGGCUUCUUUUCGGCUCUAUUGAAACGUUAGGUCUUCUCUAG